AUGGCUAAUAAUAUUACUGUUAGUAUUUCAAAUUUUUCUUCAGAUAAUGAACCUGAUGAUGCAUCUCUAGGUUCUUUGUUUGCUGACGAAAAUGAUAGUACUGAUACACAUUAUCCAACUUCUUCAUUGAUACAAAAUAAUGAUAAUUUUAAUACAUCUUCUUUACUGACGCAUGAUAAUAAUAAUAUUAAUACGCCUCCUUUGCUAACAAACAAUGAUGAUAUUACUACAUUUCAAGUUUCUUCCUCAGCAGAUAAUCUAACUUUGAAACAGCCGGCACAAUUUCAACAAUUUAAUAAUGAGUUUGAAAUUGCUUGGUGGUUGGCACAUCAAAAAAGAAUCUUAGAUUUAGCGACUAAUAUUAGAAAAGCGAAGUUGACAAAAGUAGAUAAAGAGGAUAAUUCAACUUCAACAUCUACUGAUACUAUAUUAAAUGAACCUGUAUCAAAACUUCCUGAAAUUGACCAAGAAUGUAAAGCUCUAUUCCUCCGAACUCGAAAUAAUACUACGGUAUUAUAUGAAGAAUUAAUUACAAAAGUUAGCAAAAUUUCAAAAACUGAUCGAAGACUAGGAUCUUUGGUUAAAGAUAUUGGUGGAUGGUAUAAUUCAUAUCGGCAUAAAUUUCAUAUUGCAUUAAUAAACUUGGCAAAUGAAUUUAGAUCAACUAAUGAAAGUGCAAAAGAACCAUAUGAUGAAUUGGAUGAAUUUGUUUCUGAUGACGUGUGGAAGCAAAUAUUAAAAAUGCAUAUACAAGCGACUGAUCAAACAAAAUUAAAACAAGAUCGUGAAACUUAUAUAAAGCUUGGUGUUUUUGUACGCCAAAUCACUAAGGCUAUUCUUAUUGCUCAAGAUAAAAACAAAAAUACACAAAAUGUUAUUAGAAAGCAUGAUGAAUGUACUAUUGAUUUGAAAAUACCAACUAAACUCGGAAUAGUAGAAUCAUUACCAGUUCGAGAGCUCUUGGACU